UUAUUUUUGUGAUGACUAGAGAUAUAUGCUCCUGAGCCAGCUGUGUCCCAUGUUUUUAAAUAUUAGUUUUAUAUAUAUAUAGUUAUCUAAUAUAUGUCGCGAGAUGAGUGGGAGUAAAAUAAAUCAACAUUUAUAUUUAUUUCAUUUACAAAAUCAAAACUUACAUGGGAAAGACAUAUUACUUAUAUGGGAAAAAAAAAAAAAAUGAUUUAUUUCAUGAACAAACUUAUACAAAUGGAUUGUUCAAAAUAAAUCAGAAGCUCCAUUUUCUUAGUAGGCUAAUAGUAAGUAACAAUAAUUAGGCUGUAUUAUAACUUCGACUCAAGUGAUCUCAUCUUGAAAACUGGUACCAUGGGAGAAAAUGUACAUUUUCAUACAAAACCUGUGGACUCUUGGAAUUUGGUCUGCUGCGUUACUACUUACUUAUUCAUAAAUAAUUUAUAAAAAUGUAUUUAUACAUUGAAGUGUUGGCCUAGUUGUCUGACUGAACACACAUGGAGGCAGCAUUCCCCUGUUAAGGAAGAAGCCGAAUUCAUGGAUGAAGAGGAGCGUGUGAAAGAGGAGUGCUCGGACAGCGACGACGGGUGCGGCGUGAGUGAGGCCGCCAUGCUGGCCGGCCUGUACGCCGAGCACGAGGUCAAGGACGAGCUCGUGCUGGGGCCGGAGCGCCCGCACCGCCCCACAGUCGGCCUGGUGGUGAGAGGAGGCAGGGCGCUAGACGUCGCGGAGGGCGGGCGUGCUGCGGCGGGUGCGCGGGGCGCGGGGGCUCGGCUCGCUCGGGACUGCUCCGUGCGGCUCGAGCGCCUCGCGAGCCGCGCCGCGCGAGCCCCGCAGCCUGCAGCCGCCGCUGACUCGGCUGGUGAACACCAAUCAUAUGGUACACCUGAGAAAGAAGAGACGUGUGAUAUAUGCGGAGAGAGUUUUGAUUUGGAAUCAGAUUUAAUAAAACAUGUCGCGGUCCACAUCCAUGUGCCUACAAGCGCGGAGCAGGGAGCGGGCAGACCUGAUGUCACGGGCAAUGCCCGUGUUAAGGAAGAAGCCGAAUUCAUGGAUGAAGAGGAGCGUGUGAUAGAGGAGUGCUCGGACAGCGACGACGGGUGCGGCGUGAGUGAGGCCGCCAUGCUGGCCGGCCUGUACGCCGAGCACGAGGUCAAGGACGAGCUCGUGCUGGGGCCGGAGCGCCCGCACCGCCCCACAGUCGGCCUGGUGGUGAGAGGUAGGUUUGAUUUUGUUUAACAUGUACACAACUCACUAGUAGUAAAUAUGA